AUGAUUAGUAGAAAAGGGAUUGAGGUUGACCCAGAUAAGGUGAAGGCAAUCCAGGAGAUGCCAGCCCCGAGAACAGAAAAAGAGAUUAGAGGUUUCUUAGGAAAAUUACAGUACAUCAGUAGGUUCAUAGCUAGGCUCACAACUACCUGUGAACCAAUUUUUAAGCUACUAAGAAAGAAUCAGCCAGUGGUGUGGAAUGAGCAAUGUCAAGAGGCAUUUGAAAAGAUAAAGCAGUACUUGAGCAAUCCACCAAUUUUGUCACCACCCAUCCCUAGCAUCCCUCUAAUCCUCUACCUAUCAGUGGAAAACAUGGCCCUGGGGGCAAUGUUGGCACAAGAAGUAGAGAAUCUGGAGAGAGCCAUCUAUUACAUCAGUAAGAAACUCCUUGCUUAUGAGGAGAAUUAUUCACUAAUAGAAAAAACCUGUCUGGCUGUAGUAUGGGCAACUAAGAAGUUAAGGCACUACUUUCAGACCCAUCGAGUUAUUGUAGUAUCCCGGAUGGAUCCUUUAAAGUACCUAUUUGAAGUACCGACGCUAGUUGGAAAAUUGGCCAAAUGGUUGGUCCUACUGUCUGAAUUUGAUAUUGUGUAUGAGACUCGAAAAACCAUCAAAGGGCGUGUAGUCGCCGAAUUUCUUUCUGAAAAUCCAGUUAAUGAAGAGGAAGAAGUCGAAACAGCCUUCCCGGAUGAGAGUCUUAAGCUAGUAGAGGUCCAGCCAUGGAAAAUGUACUUUGAUGGGGCCAUGAAUAAGAGCGAAGCCGGUAUAGGGGUAGUUUUGGAAGCAUCGAAUGGAGAACAAUUGUUAAUGUCAAAAAGGCUAUGUUUCCCAACCACUAAUAAUAUUGCAGAAUAUGAGGCUUGCAUUUGUGGCCUAGAGGCAUUAAUAGCUGUUGGGGCUAAAAAUGUGGAGGUGUUUGGAGAUUCAAUGCUAGUAGUUUCCCAUAUUAAAGGUGAAUGGGAAUUGAAAGAAGAAAAGUUGAGGCCAUACCUAGAGUAUGCUAGGAAACUAUUAUUUAGCUUUGAGGAAGUGACGAUGAAGCACAUGCCUAGAGCUAAGAACCAGAUGGCUGAUGCUCUAGCCACGCUGGCAUCCUUAUGGGAGAAGGGUGAUCAAAAGUUGACCCAGCCAGUUAUCCUGAUGAGGAGUAGAAUCCCAUGCUAUGAAGGGUUAAUAAUAGCACAUUUAGAUCUAGAAGAUGAGAUGAAAUGGUAUGAGGACAUAAGAAGAUAUUUAGAGGUAGGAGAAUACCCACAGUCAGCCAAUAGUAGGGAUAGAGCUACAAUUCGUAGAUUAGCCACUCAGUUCACUUUGGCUGGGGGGCAACUCUACAAAAGGUUCUUCGAAGGACUAUUGCUCUUGUGUGUGACAAAAAGCGAUCGAGCGGAUAAUGGAGGAAGUACAUGCAGGAGUGUGUGGUCCUCACAUGAACGGAAGGGUAUUAGCGGGCAAAAUUUUAAGAUUGGGCUAUUACUGGUCUACCAUGGAUACUGA